GACACCGACCCCUUCGACGCCCUCCUCUCCCUCGAAGACGAAUACUACACCGAAGGGCACGCCCUAGGCGUGCGCGACGGCGCCCGCGCCGGCCAAAUUGAAGGCCGCGUCUUCGGGCUCGAAAAGGGCUUUGAGAAAUUCGUCGCGUUGGGGGCGCAGCACGGGCGCGCAGCGGUAUGGGGGGCGCGGCUGCCGUCGGCCGCUUUUGGUGCAGAGACAGAGCCAGCUCCAGCGACAGCGAUAGAGAUAAAGGCAGACGUAGAAGCAGAGGCAGCGCGCCUCCCGCCCCUAAAGCGCAACCCCCGCCUCGCGCGACACAUCGCAACCCUGCACGCGCUGACGGAGCCCGCGUCGCUGCCCACGCAAAACACAGAGGACGGGGUCAGCGAGGUGGAGGACCGCGCGCGGCGCGCGGCAGCCAAGGCCCGGCUUAUCGAGAACAUUGCGCAGGAG